CGGAAACAGAGGGCCGGGGCAGCCGCUGCUCAUACUGAAGAGGAAGGACGGGAGAGGAUUGUGUGUGUGUGUGUAUGUGUGUGUGUGUGAGCGUGUGCGUGUAUUUUUUUUCUUUUUGCUGGUGGUGGUGGAGGGGGCGGCUAGCAGGGCCAGCCCUGAACCCGCUGGACAGAGCUACAGACCCAUGGGGCCUGGCAGUGCCCGCUGAGAGAGGGAGAAGACAGCAGAGGGGUUGCCAAGGCACCCUCCAAAUCCCAGAUCAUGUCUCUGUGGGGUCUGGUCUCCAAAAUGCCCCCAGAAAAACUGCAGCGGCUCUAUGUCGACUUUCCUCAACAUCUGCGGCAUCUCCUGGGUGACUGGCUGGAGAACCAGCCCUGGGAGUUCCUCGUCGGCUCGGAUGCCUUCUGCUGCAACAUGGCCAGCGCCUUACUUUCUGCCACUGUCCAGCGUCUUCAGGCCUCGGCUGGAGAGCAGGGGGAGGGGAGCACCAUCUUGCAACACAUCAGCACCCUGGAGAGCAUAUAUCAGAGGGACCCCCUGAAGCUGGUGGCCACUUUCAGACACAUACUUCAAGGGGAAAAAAAAGCUGUGAUGGAACAGUUCCGCCACCUGCCGAUGGCCUUCCACUGGAAGCAGGAGGAACUCAAGUUUAACACGGUCCUGCGGAGGCUGCAGCACCGAGUGGGGGAAACCCGCCUUCUUCGCGAAGCUCUGCAGCCCGGGGCUGAGAGUCGCCAAGUGUCUUUGCACAGCUUGAUAGAAACGCCUGCCAAUGGGACUGGGCCAAGUGAGGCCCUGGCCACGUUGCUGCAGGAGGCUGUUGGGGAGCUGGAGGCGGCCCAGGGCCUGGUGCUGAAGAGGAUCCAGAUCUGGAAACGGCAGCAGCAGCUGUCAGGGAACGGCGCACCCUUUGAGGAGAGCCUGGCCCCACUACAGGAGAGGUGUGAGAGCCUGGUGGACAUUUAUUCCCAGCUGCAGCAGGAGGUGGGGGCAGCUGGUGGGGAGCUUGAGCCCAAGACCCGGGCAGCACUGCUUAGCCGGCUGGAUGAAGUCCUGCAAACCGUCGUCACCAGCUCUUUCCUGGUGGAAAAGCAGCCCCCGCAGGUCCUGAAGACUCAGACCAAGUUCCAGGCCGGGGUUCGAUUCCUCCUGGGCCUGCGGUUCCUGGGGGCCCCGGCCAAGCCUCCGCUGGUCAGGGCCGACAUGGUAACGGAGAAGCAGGCGAGGGAGCUGGGCACGCCCCAGGGGCCCGGGGCCGGAGCAGACAGCACUGGGGAAAUCAUCAACAGCACCGUGCCCCUGGAGAACAGCGUUCCCGGGAACUGCUGCUCCGCCCUGUUCAAGAACCUGCUUCUGAAGAAAAUCAAGCGGUGUGAGCGGAAGGGCACCGAGUCCGUCACAGAGGAGAAGUGCGCCGUGCUCUUCUCCACCAGCUUCACGCUCGGCCCCAACAAACUCCCCAUCCAGCUGCAGGCCCUGUCUCUGCCCCUGGUCGUCAUCGUCCAUGGCAACCAAGACAACAAUGCCAAAGCCACCAUCCUGUGGGACAAUGCCUUCUCUGAGAUGGAUCGCGUGCCCUUUGUGGUGGCUGAGCGGGUGCCCUGGGAGAAGAUGUGUGAAACGCUGAACCUCAAGUUCAUGGCUGAGGUGGGGACCAACCGGGGGUUACUCCCAGAGCACUUCCUCUUCCUGGCUCAGAAGAUCUUCAACGACAACAGCCUCAGCACAGAGGCCUUCCAGCACCGUUCUGUGUCCUGGUCCCAGUUCAACAAGGAGAUCCUGCUGGGUCGUGGCUUCACCUUUUGGCAGUGGUUUGAUGGUGUCCUGGACCUCACCAAACGCUGUCUCCGGAGCUACUGGUCAGAUCGGCUGAUCAUUGGCUUCAUCAGCAAACAGUACGUCACUAGCCUUCUCCUCAACGAGCCUGACGGAACCUUCCUCCUUCGGUUCAGUGACUCAGAGAUUGGGGGAAUCACCAUUGCCCACGUCAUCCGGGGCCAGGAUGGCUCCCCACAGAUAGAGAACAUCCAGCCCUUCUCUGCCAAAGACCUGUCCAUUCGCUCCCUGGGGGACCGAAUCCGGGACCUUGCUCAGCUCAAAAACCUCUACCCCAAGAAACCCAAGGAUGAGGCUUUCCGGAGCCACUACAAGCCUGAGCAGAUGGGUAAGGAUGGCAGGGGUUACGUCCCAGCUACAAUCAAGAUGACUGUGGAAAGGGACCAGCCGCUGCCCACCCCAGAGCCCCAGAUGCCUACCAUGGUGCCCUCUUACGAUCUUGGAAUGGCCCCAGACACGUCCAUGAGCAUGCAGCUCGGCCCAGAUAUGGUCCCCCAGGUGUACCCUCCACGCUCUCACUCCAUCCCCUCAUAUCCACCCCUCUCCCGGGAAGAAUCAGUCCACGUGGUGUCAGCCUUCCAGGAACUUCACCUGCACAUGGCCCCCGGCCUGAGUCAGAUGGGCCUGCCCUUUGACCAGCCUCACCCGCAGGGCCUGCUGCCGUGCCAGCCUCAGGAGCAUGCCGUGUCCAGCCCUGAGCCCUUGCUCUGCUCCGACGUGACCAUGGCGGAAGAGAGCUGCCUGAGCCAGCCGGUGGGAGGGUUCCCGCAAGGCCCCUGGGUCGGUGAAGACAUGUUCCCGCCCUUGCUGCCUCCCACCGAACAGGACCUCACCAAGCUUCUCUUGGAGGGGCAAGGGGAGUCAGAGGGGGGGUCCUUGGGAGCCGCACCCCUGCUGCAACCCUCCCCUUAUGGGCAGUCUGGGAUCUCCAUGUCCCACCUGGACCUAAGGGCUAACCCCAGUUGGUGAUCCCAGCUGGAGGGGGAGCCCAGAGAGACAGCUCUCCUGCCCCCACGGACAUGCUCUGGACACCUGCCCGUGCUCCUACCACGCAGCAGAUGGGGAGGGCGCCCUCCUGUCCCCACCUACCCCCCCGGUCAGGAGGAAAGGACUUUGCCAGGAGAAUGCACAGUGGGCAGAACGUAUCUACUCCUCCCCUCCCACCACGCGACCCCGCCCUCCCACUUCCAAAUACUGGAAGGAAAAUUCAGGUGCCAAGUGAGACACGCUCCAACAUGCCUGCACACGCAGCACACACACACACACGCAGCUCUCCUUGGAAGGCAGGGCUGAGCGGGGAGGGGCUGGGCAAGAGCACCGGUGAGGGCACAGGGGGCUUCUCUGCUUGCCCUGAUCCAGGGCUCAAAACGCACAUGUGGAGACACUCAGACAUGUGUACACACCUGCUCCAGAGGCCGGGGGGGGGGUGGAGGGACGGGCUUGGGUCCCAGCCCUAGGGAGUUGGGAAGCAGUUCAGGAGACCCUGGGAGCAGGUGGGGGCCCUGGACAUUUGGUUACCGAUGUUGGGUUUUGCCCAGAUUAAAAAACAAAUCCCAAACAGCUCCAAAUUCUUGUCAGUCAGAUGGAGGCUUCUGGAUACGUGUGUGAGACUGCGCGGAAGUACAGGGGUUGACUUUGUGUACAGCCGUGUGAACGUGUGUGUACCUGAGACAUAUGAAUAUAUACACGUCACACACAUUAGUUGUAUGGCUACGUAGAACACGUACUUCUCUGAUUUUGCCUGUACGACAACCCAAGUUUGGAAGUGUGAGACACGGCACAAGAGACACCAGCGCGCAUGCUGGCCUCUCAGACGUACGUGAACGCAAAUGUCCUCAGCUCUGAGCGUGACCGUGCCCAGGUGGGUCUCUGCGGCUGCGACAGCUGCACACGGCUGUGGCUUCGGUGGCUCACCGCCACCAGUCCGGCCCAGAGGCAGAGGGCGCGUCUCGGGUGCAGACGCGUGUGUGGUCCUCUCGGCGUGCUGGGGGCCCUGCCCGCUGCUUCUUUUCUAUCUUCCCACCCCCACCAGCUUCCCUCCGUUCCUGCGUCUCAUGCCACCCUUUCUCCAUCUUGCAGGUCAUAGAUCC